UGAGGUUUCCAGGGUUAGUAUUGCAGAAGUUGUCAUAUGCUGAGGCAGUGAAGAAAGUAGAGGAAGAUGGGUUAAGGGGGAGGAGUGGGGAGAGUAGUAGAGAUAUACCACUACAGAGGGAUAGGACAAAAAGUGAUAUAAGUUUCCGUAAGAUAGGAUUUUUAGCAUUUAUAGCAAUGGUUAUCAACUGUACUGCAGGGAUGGAACUGAAGUCGCAGAAAAUUGAGGUUGUGGUGGCAGCUGCAGAGAGGUAUUUGGGUGUGCGAGACAUCAGAAGAGUUACAGGGUGUGUUAAGUGGUGAUGUCCCAUCCUUUCAGGAUGAUGGCAUGAGGUAGGAAUAAAUACAUGUAAUUAGUGAAGAAGGGUGGUGUUCAUUUAUUUUAUAUAAUUUUAAAAUUAGUGAGUGUAGUGUUAGAUGAUAGGCUAUUUAUAGAGGGCUUUUUUUUUUUUUCAAGCGAAGUAUAAGGGAGUUGUACUCCAGUCUAGUAGGUGGCGGUAAUGCAACAAAUUGGAUCCAACCGCCAUUAAACCUCAUAGAAGAAGAAGAAGAAGAAGAAGAAGAAGAAGAAGACCAGCGUUCCUUCCCGCGUGUCGCGAGAACACACGUCUAGAUUUCACGUGGCCAGUUUAGCUGAUUAUAAAUGUAUUAUUGUAAAACAUUUCCAAAAUUGUUGUAACAAACAAUCCAAAUUGUGGGGAAAAGGCCAAAAUACCCAUGUGUAGAAUACUUUCUCUUGGUACACGGAACCGGAUAGCUAGCGUUGUUGCUUACAAGCGAAGCAGCUCUGAUCAGCUGAAAAGUUGAGGGUGAAGCUUUUGGUUGCCUGGACACGGCGCUCAAAUCUCCAUUCCGCCCAAAACAUACAGCUAGCGUUUCCUCUAGCGAGCUGGCUAAGCGGUCUUGGAUGUUCAUUUGUGAAGGUUUAGCUCAUUUUUGUUUAUAUGGAACACGUCGAAAUCUUUACAGCCUGGAAAUCUGUUGCGCUUCACAAGCAGUCCAUAGCUUGCUGAAUUUGUAGUUACAGAUAUAUAGAAAACAAGUUGCUGUUAUUAGCUAGUGUUGGCUGUCUAGCCAGAACUUGCAAAAGUCCAUCUUCAGUCUUCAUGUUGUGAUUUCAUAUCGGGGGAACAUCGUUUCUUCAGCAUCAUCACAGUUCUCGGGUUCCCCUCCUUCGUCAGAUGGCGUUCUGCUUGGCCGAGCUUCACUGCUGGUCCUCCAGCAGCUCACUACAAGUCAGAGAUACAGAUAUUGGCACCUAUCAGUACUAUGACAAAGGAGAGCCAGCCAUCCCAUCAGAGCACCACUACUACACUGACAAACAGUAUUUCUCUGAAUCUCGCGGCUACUCGUGGACCCUCAGGAACCGUCGUCCAGAGAAGCUCCGUGAUUCGCUCGAGAAGCUUGAGGAGCUGUUGCAGACCAACUCAGUUGUUCACUCCAGAUGGAAGAGCAAGCAUUUCUGUCAGCUCAUGCUUAGCAGUGGGGUGCUGGUGACCCUGUCCCUAAAUGGACCCCAGCUGGACCGUGUGUGUGUGGACCGGACACUUGUGGGUCGUCUGCCCGCCAACACUGUCAGUGAUGCGGUGCUCAGUGAUAGGCUGCUGCUGCUGUCGUUCCUGGAGAAGAGCCAGGUGUGUGUAGUCUAUCUGAACAGGAAGAACCAGGGAUCACCUGACACCAGCCACCGACUGGAGAAACUCUCCCCAUCAGAACUCAAGGUGGCGUGUGUGGAGGUGCGUGGCCCCCCAGGGCGCAGGCAGGGCAGGCGUGUGGAUCUGAACUGUCUCCAGGACGUAGCAGUGUGUUGGUGGUCCCUGGCUAACACUAAUGAUGAACUGUGGCCCUGGAACCCUAGCCACACACACACUGAGAGGGACAACCUAGCACUACUGAGCUGCUCCAGUACCGAGGGCCUCAAGGUGCUCAGCUCCAUGUGUACUGAGGGUGACCUGUUGGAUCUCUGCUUCAGUCUCCUGCAGCCGUACCAGCUUCUGUCCGUGGAGCUGCCUGAAGGACCCCAAGGAUCCCACACCACCACCGGGACGUCCUGGGCAGACGCCUGCGUGUACGAGUGCGCCCACGGCCGCCUCCAGCGUCUCUCGGCGACCCGUAUCCCCCUCUCCUCGCGCCCCGUCUCCUGCUGCCGCCACCCCUCCUCAACCACCCUGCUACUGGGCCUCAGCGACUCCUCUCUGGUCCUCUACGAUGAGAGGAGAGGGGUGUCGCUGCUCGCCCCCUGCCCCAUCCCGCCCGUCCUGGUGGCCUGGCACCCUGCAGGGGGGGUGUUGGUGGUGGGGGGGGGCCAGGGUGAACUGAUGGCUCUGGAUCUUGGCUUGGCUCCCCUAGGGUUGACCCUAGUGGGAGAGGACCCAUCCCCAGCCACCACCACUCUGAGGCUUGCCCAGCAUCUGCGCUGUCCUGGGGGGCUGGAGGGGCUGCAGUGGGCUGGGGGGACGGGGCUGGAGGGAGCUGAUACACUGAUGCUGGCCUUCCAUGGAGGACCACUGGCCGCACUGAGAUUCAGACUGGGUGCUCUGUCAGGGGGUCAGCUGGGUCCGGGAGAGCUGUUGCAACAGAGGUUACGCUGUGGCCAGGUAGACCAGGCUCUAGGAAUUCUGGGAGCCAUGGAGUGGAGCACUAUGGGAACGGAGUGUUACCGGGCACUGACCUCUGUCACAGACUACCUGCUGAGGCUAGAGUUGGACCAGACCAGAGAGGCCCAGUUGGAGGCAGCUCUGGGUGUGUUUUAUGUUCCGCCCCGCCCCCUCUCUGACUCGGUGGUUCUAGAAUACAGAGGGCCAAUCAGCAAGUACGCCCGACGCUUCUUCCACCACCUACUCAGACACCAGCGCUUUGAGAAGGCUUUCCUGCUGGCGGUUGACAUUGGAGCUAGAGACCUGUUUAUGGAUCUCCAUUAUGUGGCGUGUGAUAAGGGAGAGGUGGUUCUGGCAGAAGUGGCCCAGAGGAAGGCUAAUGAAAUCCAUGCUGAAGAAGGCGUAAGAACGGUAAGUCUCCUCCCAGGCCCGGCCCCCUGCCGUCUCGCUCCUCAGACUGACCUAUCAACACGUGAAGAUGCUGAGGUCUGGCGACGCUAGACAGCCAAUGAAAAACAAGGUUAGAUGAGAAAAGGAGGAGGACUGUCCCAGCAUGCAGGUUGUGCUAUCGGUCCAUCUCAGGGAAGGCCCACUGGAUCUCUCUCUCAUACACAUAUCUCCCACACACGCUCUCCCACACACGCUCUCCCACACUCACUGAUACAAAUCACAUUCACGUAUGCAAAAAAAAUAAAAAAAGUUCAGCACAGUUCAUUUCCUGGAUAAGGUAGUUGGAAAAACGUCAACAGGUAUUUGAGCCUAUCUAGGGGAUAUAUGCUUCCAAUGGCACCCUAUGCCCUAUAUAGUGCACUACUACUGUAUAUGGACCCUGGUUAAAAGUAGGGCAUAGGAUGCUGUUUGGAACACGGCCCAGGCUCACUCAGGCAGAAAGUAGCUAGGCCAUAGGGUCAGUUCACACUGAGGGAUACGGUGCCCUGGUGAUCCAGGAGGGUGGAGGGAGCAAGAGAUCUCUAACCCACAUGGAAUCUGUUCUUGACUCAAUACAGCCCUAUGAUGUCAUCCCCACAGACACCGUCUGAGGCUGUUGAUCCCACUCAUUAAUAUAAAUGGUGUGACAGGGCGGGAUUUAAUGACUGACAGCGGUGGGACUUUGUUGCUCUCAGAGAGACAGUUUAGUUUUCUAUAUGACUCUGGCUGUCCUUUACAGACUAUCAGAGAGACAGUUUAGUUUUCUAUAUGACUCUGGCUGUCCUUUACAGACUAUCAGAGAGACAGUUUAGUUUUCUAUAUGACUCUGGCUGUCCUUUACAGACUAUCAGAGAGACAGUUUAGUUUUCUAUAUGACUCUGGCUGUCCUUUACAGACUAUCAGAGAGACAGUUUAGUUUUCUAUAUGACUCUGGCUGUCCUUUACAGACUAUCAUCAGAGAGACAGUUUAGUUUUCUAUAUGACUCUGGCUGUCCUUUACAGACUAUCAUCAGAGAGACAGUUUAGUUUUCUAUAUGACUCUGGUUGUCCUUUACAGACUAUCAUCUAGACAAUUACAUGUAGAAAAGCUGUUUUAAAACGAGCUUGGAGGGUUCUGACAACAUGAAAAGGUCACUAUGGAAGAAUAAGGUUAAGUUUAAAGGAGUGAUCUUAAAGAUGACAUACACUGUACACAUUAUAGGCCCGUAGAUCAUUAAAGUCCCUGGUGCUAACAUGGCAGAGAGUCCUGAUUGUGUCCACAUUGUGUUCACAUUUUCAGACAGCUGUAGACGAUUAAAAGACUCAUUGAGAACUGAUUGUGAUCAGAUCUUCCAAGUAUAAACUGACAAGAUCAGGACGAAGGACGCAUGUUAGUGGCAGCUAUAAACGUGACUAGAGAGGAUAGACAGCUAAGAGCUAGAGUUUAUCUGUAAUGCAAAAGAGCCACGUUAAAGCGCGAUUGACACUUAAAGGCAAUGUUCCCGCGUUAGCGGAGACUGCAUUUACAGUAAACACUGCAUAUAUUGGCUCAAUCGGAAAUUACCUUUACAUUUCUAAUGCAAUCUGUAACACUUCAGCCAUGCAGACUCAGUAGAGCCCCUUAAGGUCAUUUUUCGAUUGAUACAUGUUUAGCGUUUAGUGUGAAUGCGGAAACAUUGCCUUUAAGAGGGGCAUAGCUGAAAAUGGACAAUGGGAUUUAAUCUAGCCCCAAGGUUUGACCUUUACACCUAAAAGGCCAUGGCAAAAGAAUGUGUGCUGUUCCAUUGGCUGUGGCCUGCAAGUUCCUGCUCACCUCACUUAGCUUCCAACUGGUGUCGCUACAUUGAGCUUUUAGUGGUAAUAUAAUGAUGAAGCAGAGAGAAAAUACAGCAAUUUAGGCUGCGUUUACACAGGUAGCCCGAAUCUGAUAUUUUGCCACUAAUUGGUCUUUUGACCAAUCAGUUCAGAUUUCUUUUGACAAUAAUAGGGCAAAAAUAUCAGAAUUUGACUGCCUGUGUAAACACAGCUGAAAUAAUCCAUUACAGAGCGUCUCUUUAAGGCUGCGUUUACACAGGCAGCCCAAUAUUAUGCUCUUUUGACCAAUCACAAGUCUUUUCACAUCAGAUCUUUUUUGAGCUGAUCUGAUUGGUCAAAAGAUCAAUUAGUGGGGGGAAAAGAUCAGAAUUGGGCUGCCUGUUUUCUGUAUGAAAUUGUACAUGCUAUUCUAUCGCUGUAUCGGAAGUGGAGGAACUAACAUAUGCUGCCAUUGCCAACAUGUGCAAAGCCAAUUAUCCUAGUCAUAUGUUACUGUAUUUAUUUUUAUUAUAUAGCAUGUAUUUGUCUGAACGAAAAGGACUUUAUUUUAUUUCAUGGGUGGAUGUUUAAAACAUAACGGAUUCAAGCUAAUCCAGUCCCUUAUCCCUUGCGUGGUUAGUUUAUACAGAACUAAUGGACAACACAGGACAGAUAGUGAGAGAGUAUGGAACAUGCGAGUUUAAACAGAACUAAUG